UCAUCCGUGAUCACCAUUCACCAUAGCCAACCUAUCCAAUAUAAAAGGACGAGAAACUAAAAUCGCUCAACACAAUGCAGAGUCACAUAUAUAUUAUUUAAAAUCCAACAAUAUAAAAUUCAUUUUCCACAAACUCUUGUUGUAAAGUCCAAAGGGAGAGAUAAUGGUGGUGGAGAGAGAUAUCGACCAUCUUCCAAAGAAUGCGGCAAACUACACCGCUUUGACGCCGUUAUGGUUCUUGGAAAGGGCGGCUAUGGUGUAUCCCAACAGAAAAUCUUUAAUUCACGGCUCCGUUGACUACACAUGGCUCCAGACUUAUCGCCGUUGCCGUCAACUGGCUUCUGCUCUUACUAAACGUUCCAUUACUUUUGGAAGCACGGUUGCUGUGAUUGCGCCAAAUGUUCCUGCUAUGUAUGAAGCUCAUUUUGGAAUUCCAAUGGCUGGAGCUGUUUUAAAUGCUGUCAAUGUUCGUUUAAAUGCAGACACAAUUGCUUUUCUUUUGGGCCAUUGCUCCGCUGCAGUUUUCAUGGUGGACCAAGAAUUCUUUCCAUUGGCUAAGGAAGCUUUAGAAAUUUUAGAAAAUAAGAGCGAAGGAAAAUCAAAUCGACCACUUAUUGUAGUUAUUGCUGAUAAAAACUGUGAUCCUGCCCCAUUCCAAUAUGCUUUAGAGAAAGGGGCAGUUGAAUAUGAGAAUUUCUUGGAAACUGGUGACCCAGACUUCCCAUGGAAGCCACCACAGGAUGAGUGGCAGAGUAUUGCUCUGGGUUAUACCUCUGGUACGACAGCUAGUCCUAAAGGAGUGGUGCUUCAUCAUCGUGGUGCAUAUCUUAUGGCUCUAAGUAAUGCCGUAGUUUGGAGUAUGAAAGAGGGAGCUGUGUACCUUUGGACUCUACCAAUGUUUCACUGCAAUGGUUGGUGUUUCACUUGGACACUAGCAGCAAUUUGUGGGACCAACAUAUGCCUUAGACAGGUAACUGCAAAGUCUGUUUAUUCUUCCAUAGCUCACCUUGGUGUGACCCAUUUCUCUGCUGCGCCUGUGGUGCUCAAUACCAUAGUUAAUGCUCCAAAAGAGGAGACCAUCCUUCCCCUGCCUCGGCUAGUACAUGUAAGCACUGCUGGUGCUUCUCCUCCUCCUCCUGUUCUUGCUGCAAUGACUCAACGUGGCUUCCGUGUCUUACACACUUAUGGACUUUCUGAAACCUACGGCCCCUCCACUAUAUGCACAUGGAAGCCUGAGUGGGAUUUACUUCCCACAGAUAUUCAAGCGCGUCUCAAUGCACGUCAAGGUGUCAGAUAUGUAAGCCUGGAGCAUCUGGAGGUAGUUAAUCCAACGGACAUGAAACCUGUUCCAGCCGAUGGGAAAACAAUGGGAGAAAUCAUCUUCAGGGGUAAUGUUGUGAUGAAAGGCUACCUGAAGAACCCGAAAGCCAAUGAAGCUGCUUUUGCGGGAGGCUGGUAUCAUUCCGGUGAUCUUGCUGUAAAACAUCCAGAUGGAUAUAUUGAAAUAAAAGACAGAUCAAAAGACAUCAUCAUAUCUGGUGGUGAAAAUAUUAGUAGUGUUGAGGUCGAGAAUAUACUAUAUCAACACCCAGCAAUACUGGAGGUCUCCGUUGUUGCAAGGCCUGAUGAGCAAUGGGGAGAGUCACCUUGUGCAUUUGUGACAUUAAAGCCUGAUGUAAAGGAAACGGAUCAGCAACAGAUUGCAGAUGAUAUUAUGAAAUUUAGUCGAUCAAAGAUGCCUAAGUACUGUGUCCCGAAGUCUGUGUUUUUUGGACCACUGCCAAAGACAGCUACAGGGAAAAUACAGAAGCACCUAUUAAGGGCAAAGGCAAAGGAGAUGGGAUCGCUGAAGAAGAGUAGAUUGUAAAUGUAACACGAUCGACUGGUUGCCUGAUUUGUCUUUGUUAUUUUAAGACGUGUGCUGCUUGAAGUGCUCAGUCUAUGCAUCUCUGUGUAUUAUGAUCCUCCUUGUAGAUAAAUAAGGUUAUGUUUCAAAUUUUUGCUAGAUAAUUAAGGAAGAACACUAUGUAAGUUUUUCUUAUCAUCAACUAUUGGUGUUGAUUGUAUUUUCAAUUAAAUGGGAAAUUUUAUCUUUAUAUCA